UAGUACCGUCUCUCGUGGCCAGCUAUUAUCACCAUGGCCCGAAUAAAUAGAAGAACAACGAGCAGAUCGAGCAGAACACCGACCAAGAGCCCCAGAUUCCUUGCAGUACUGUCCUUUUCUCUGGUGGCACUGGCAUGUUACCGACAGCUUCCUCAAGCCAAUAAUAUUAUUCCCACUCUGUUUUCACCCACCUCCGAAAAAGAUUCGUCUGCCAUUCAAGUCACUGUACAGAGACAGGUUACGGAAGGACAAGCAAAACUGCAGCAGCUAUUAUCCACCAAAAAAGGACAACAAUCCACAACAACAUCAUCGUCAAAAACAUAUUAUGACGAAUCCCAAAUUGUCAAAUUCACCGACACACUGGUCACGGCUCCUCAGACGGUGGUGACUGCCUAUUUCCAAGUCAAGUCCAAGCAUUCCUCCAAUAACUACGCCAAAUGGAUGAAAAAUAUGCUCAGCCUCGAAGAUCCCAUGGUUAUCUUCCUCUCCCCCGCUUUGAUUCCCGAAAUCAAGGAAUUACGACAACACGCGCUCGAUCGGACGGUCAUUAUCCCCAUGGAAGUGGAUCAAGUACCAUUGGCCAAAAAUUACAAUGCAUCCUUUUGGCAAUGGCAACUGGAUAUUGACCGAGAGAAACGCAUCCAUCGAUCUUAUUUUGUCUUUUGGAUUUGGCUCUCCAAAUCCUGGUGGGUCACCGAAGCCAUUCGACACAAUUUCUUCAACAGUCAAGUCUUUGUCUGGUCCGAUAUGGGAUGUUUUCGCGAUCGAAAUUACAAUCACAAAACCAUGGUGGCACGUAUCGAAACCAUUCCACGAAAUCGCAUGCUCUUCUUGGCCCAUCAUCCCCUCAAUGUGCCACCUGCAAGAAUUUGGAACAACAAGUACACACAAAAACAUCAUUUUUAUCAUUCCGGAAGCAUCUUUGCGGGAUAUGCCGAUACAUUUAUACAAUUCGAACAGUAUUUCAUGGACACGCUGCAGGAAUUCCUCGAUCGGGACAUGUUUAUCGGUGAAGAUCAACUGGUCAUGCAAUCGACGUGUCUGAUGCAUCCGGAUAUUUGUGCCUACAUUGAUCACGUGCAUGUCAACGACAAUCAUUACUUUGGAUUGCGGUAUGUACUCCAUAGAGGAGGGAAUUAUACCUAUUGGUAUCCACCUUCUUUGGCGUGA